UUCAGCCAAUGGUGCCAAGGCUUCGUUACCCACAAUGCCGCCCCGGGCCCGCCCACACGGCCUGGUUUCCACACCUGGUUUGGGGUCUUCGGCCCCGGCUCUGGCGUCCUUGGCUGCUGAGCCUGAGGCCCGUAGUCCCACUCCCGCGGAGACCCGCCGCUCCGGUCCUGCCCCGAACUGCCCACGGCCCGCAGCGCUUCCAGGCCCUGAAAGAAACUCUCUUCCUGUGUCUGGCCAGAGGUACAGAGAGAGACAGGUUCAACUCUAAGGCCUGAAAAAGGAACAAGGCCGACUGGAAGCAAUGGCCACCGUCCCUGGCCUCCAGCCUCUGCCAACCUUGGAGCAGGACCUGGAACACGAUGAGAUCCUGAUUGUGAAGGUGGAGGAGGACUUCUGCUUGGAAGAGGAGCCCUCCGUGGAGACGGAGGACCCCAGCCCUGAGACUUUCCGCCAGCUCUUCCGGCUCUUCUGCUACCAGGAGGUGGCUGGGCCCCGGGAGGCCCUGAGCCGCCUCUGGGAGCUGUGCUGCCUCUGGCUGCGGCCGGAGCUGCGCACUAAGGAGCAGAUCCUGGAGCUUCUGGUGCUGGAGCAGUUCCUGACUGUGCUGCCAGGGGAGAUCCAGGCUCGGGUGCGCGAGCAGCAGCCGGAGAGCGGUGAGGAGGCCGUGGUCCUCGUGGAAGGGCUGCAGCGGGAGCCCAGGAAACACAGGCAGCGGGGCUCAGAGCUGCUUUCUGAUGACGAGGUGCCCCUCGGGAUAGGGGGACAGUCCUUAAAACCCCAGGCAGAGGCUCAGCCAGAGGAUCUGUCCCUGGAGGAAGAGGCUCAAUUCUCCAGCCAGCAGCCCCCAGCCCAGCUGAGCCACAGGCCACAGAGGGGCCCGCUGUUGUGGCCAGAGAGGGGCCCUGCAGCCCCCCGGCAUCAGGAGAUGGCGUCGGCCUCGCCCUUUCUUUCGGCCUGGUCCCAGGUGCCCGUGAACUUGGAGGACAUGGCUGUGUACCUUUCUGGGGAGGAGCCAGGAUGCCUGGACCCAGCUCAGCGGGACACGCCACUGGAGAAUGAAGGACCUGGGAUCCAGUUGGAGGAUGGCGGUGAUGGCAGGGAGGAUGCCCCCGUGAGAAUGGAGUGGUACCGAGUGCUGUCAGCACAAUGCCAGGGGCCUGGCCACCCGCUCUCAGGUCAGAGGCCAGCCCCAGUCAGGGGCUUGGUCAGGCCUGAGCAGCCAAGAGGCGGCCCCCCACCAGGAAGACGGGCUUCCCAUGGGGCUGACAAGCCGUACACCUGCCCCGAAUGCGGCAAAGGCUUCAGCAAGACGUCCCACUUGACCAAGCACCAGCGCACACACACGGGCGAGCGGCCUUACAAGUGCCUGGUCUGCGGGAAGGGCUUUAGCGACCGCUCCAACUUCAGCACGCACCAGAGGGUGCACACGGGCGAGAAGCCCUACCCGUGCCCCGAGUGUGGGAAGCGCUUCAGCCAGAGCUCCAGCCUGGUCAUCCACCGCAGGACGCACAGCGGGGAGCGGCCCUAUGCCUGCACCCAGUGCGGGAAGCGCUUCAACAACAGCUCGCACUUCAGCGCCCACCGCCGGACACACACAGGUGAGAAGCCCUACACCUGCCCGGCCUGUGGCAGGGGCUUCCGCCGGGGCACCGACCUGCACAAGCACCAGCGGACCCACAUGGGGACAGGCUCCUUGCUGACGCUCCAGCCGGUGGCUCCUGGAGGCCCCGGUGCCAAAGCCUGAUCACCAUGCCUGAAACUCCCUUUCCAGGACUCUCGUCCCUGGGCACAGAAUUCAGGAAGCUGCUAGAGAGCCUGGUCCGAAAGCAUUGCCAGCUGCCUGUUUCCUCCCAUGGCCCAGUAUGAGGCCAGCAGGGCACAUUUGGGAUGCCCAGGCCGCGGAGGAAGCUGCGCACUGGGUGCAGAGCAAGGGCAAGAACAGGCUCUAUAACUGUCCAGUGGCAGCCAGAACAGGUGACACAGAGCGGGGGCUUCAGCCACAGAGACGCACUCAGGAGGCUAGAAGCCGACACUCAAGGUGUUCGUGGGGCUGGCUCCUGAAGGGCCUGGGAGGGUCCAUCAGCCACCUCCAGCAUCCAGUGGCUGCUGGCGCGCAGCCUCAUCACCGCGUCCCAACCCCUCCUCUGUGUGUGUGUGACCCUGUGCGCUGUCUCUGUGUACCCCUCACCUGCUCCCCCUUUUUUUUUUUUUUUUUUUUUUGAGACGGGGCCUUGCUCUGUCCCCCAGGUGGGAAUACAGUGCCACGAUCAUAGCUCACUGCAGCCUCGAAUCCCUGGGCUCAAGCGUUCCUCCUGCCCCAGCCUCCCGAGUAGCUGGGGUUACAGGUGUGUGCCGCCAUGCCCAGUCUCUUUCUUGGUAGGGCCACUACUCACUGGGUUUAGGGUCCCCCAAUACACUGUGACCUCAUCUUAACUAAUUAUAUCGUCAAAACCCGUGUUUCCAAACAAGGUCACAUUCUGAGGUCUGGGUGGACAUGAAUUUGAGGGGCCCCUCAUCUGCUGCAGGGAGCCCUGCUGUACCCCAGCCUUCCCAGGACGUGGUCUCCAGCUUCUUCAUCCUGCUAGAGUUUCCAAAUGGAGCCCGGAGCUCUCCAGCGUUCCAGUCCCCUUCGCAGAUCCAUAGCUGCUCUGCAGGGUGGAAGACACCUGGGGCGGGAAAGCACCCCUGAGUUCCAUCUUCCUGACAUGUUGCCAGGGAUGUGACUGACCUGACACCUCCCCAGGGCUGGGGCCCAGGGCUGCCUUUGCUCCUGGCCCCUUAGUGUCUGGGAUGUGGCCUUCCAUGGUUGCCCCACUUUGUCUUUCUAAGGUAAGAAGCCUUCACCUUCCAGCUUUUGUCUGGCCUGUGCUGCGUGGGAGCCACUGGUCUGUGCACAUCCACGGUGGGUGAGUGGCCGAGACGAGCAGUGUGAUAGAGCCCUUGGUGGGUUUGGUCAUCUCGGAAGCCGUAGGGCAGCUGUGGAAACCACUAGGUUCUGGAACAUUGCAGCCAGGCAGUGUUGUUCCUCACGGGUAGGUGGCCUUGGCCCUCAUCGCAGCCUGGGAUGCUCUGUUGCAUUUGUCACCUAGUCACUGUAUAUACUUGCACAUUUGACCUUUUGGCACAGCCCAGGUUCCAGGUGCAUGACCUGCCCUUUUCUCAUUCCCUUAACUGACAUAUUUAGUGUCAGAGGCUGGGCACAGUGGCUCCCACCUAUAAUCCUAGCACUUUGGGAGGCCAAGGCGGGUGGAUUGCUUGAGCCUGGGAGUUCAAGAGCAGCCUGGGCAAUAUAGAAAGACCUCUCCUCUACCAAAAAAAAAAAA